AUGCACAUACUUCCGAUGUCAUUUGCUUUAUUCACCUAUACCGGCUGUUGGCGACCGGUGUAUUGGUCGGCGAACUCGAUCAAGUAUUGGAUGUACAACGUUUACGCCAGCUUCAUGUUCACGCUGCUGCAGUCGUUCGCGGUCUACGGGCUGGUGGAUACCUUCCUGUCGCACAGCCUGCAAGAAUUCCUGGACAAGUUAUAUCUGUUCCUCUCGAUCUUCGGCGUAUCCAUCAAGCUCUUGCACCUCUUCAUACGGCGCCGGCGGAUCAUCGGUCUGGGCGAGAUGCUGCUGAAGAAGAACUGCAUACCCCGGGACGCUAACGAAGAGUCGAUCCAGGAGAAGUUCGAUCGAAAUGCGAGAGAUUUUUGUGAUAUGGACAUGGAGAAAGAGAUUUUUGUGAUAUUGACAUUUCAUCAGUGCACUUGGGUCACGAUCGCUUGCGAGGUCCUGAACGAGUUUUGCACGUUUAUGGCGACCUUCGCGCAGUUCUACCCGCUCCUGAAGACACGCACCUUGCCGGUGUAUAAAUGGGCGCCCUUUGAUCUCUCGUCAUUGGCCGCUUUCCUGCCCAUAUUAAUCUAUCAGUCGGUGGCUUUAUGUCUGUGCGCCAAUUGCAGCGUCGCGCACGAAACCCUGAUCGCCGGCAUGAUGAUCCAAGUCUGCGCUCAAUACGAGAUUCUGUGUCAUCGCGCUCAUAUAUUGCCGGCGUUGCUAAUGGAAGCUGAGAAGAAGAGCGUAUCAGAACAAGAUUUGAGGGCCCGUGAAAGACUAAUUAUUCGCGAUUUGAUACAACAUCAUCUCUAUGUGUACAAAUUGGCGUACACGGUUAAUGCUGUCUUCACGCUGAUGAUGUUCGCCCAAUUCUCUUUGAGCUUACUUGUUCUCUGCAUGAGCGUCUAUAGGAUAUCCAACAUGGAGUCACUACUCACGUUUCGUUUCGCACAUAUUUUUUCUUACCUGGCUUCGAUGCUGAUGCAGUUAUUUCUUUAUUGCUGGUACGGGAACGAGGUGAUGCUGAAGAGCGUUGAAGUUUGCAAUGCUGUUUACGAGAUGGACUGGACAAGAUUGCGAGUUCGAGUAAUGAAAGAUCUCGCAAUAAUAAUGAUGCGCGCCUCUAAGCCCUUCAAGAUGUCGAGCGGUUACUUAGUGACUUUAACCAACGACUCCUUCACGAGCAUUCUCAAAGUAUCAUACUCGGCGUACAACUUUCUGAAAGGUUCUUAG